UGGGCACUGGUGGGUGGCAUUGGUGGGCACAGGUGGGUGGGCACAGGUGGGUGGCACUGCUGGGCACAAGUAGGUGGCACUUCUGGGCACACUUGUGUGACACUGCUGGGUGGCACAGGUGGGUGCACUGCUGGGCACAGGUGGGUGCACUGCUGGGCACAGGUGGGAGGAACUUGUGGGUGGCACUGCUGGGCACCGAUCAUCAGGACACUGAUCAUCAGUGCCCUGAUGAUCGGUGCCGAUCCCUGCUCUAACAACUGCCGAUUCUCGGCAGUACUUUCCUCACGAUCUGACAGCGUGAGGAAAGUGCAGCCGAGAACCGGCAAUUGC